AUGCUGCUAGAUCUUCAGGCCAAGACAUUUGAAGGUUUAGAAGAGAUCGCCACACUGCUGAGCUUUGUACCUCUUGCAUCACUCGCUGUUGACGAUGUGGCGACACUCUGGUCGACCCUCGCAAAGACACUCGAGGCUCGCCAGAAGUCGCUGGCGGUGGCUCACACAACAGAAGUCAAUCUACAUUCGACAAUAUUGGACAAGGUCUCUCAAGAAACACGUUCUGAGGCAGACAUACAGACCUACUACGAGCGGGCUGAGGCGAAGAUGUCGCGGGCAUUCGAGAGCGAUGGCGAGCAGAAGAAUAAGUUACUACGAGAUGUCAUCGAGCUUUUUAAUGAAGCGAGAGAGGCACCAGUAAAGAGCGGAGGGUGCCGUCAACAAAUUGAGUCUGGUCGCGCUGCGUUAGACAAUAGCAGUGACAAGCAAGUGGCUGCAGCAGAUGCCUUUGCUGUUUCGUUAGUGCAAGCAGUCAACAUCAUAUACCUCCCACCAUGGACACCGCCAACGUCGAUGCCAACGCAGCCGGUCAAUGGUCACAAAUACGGGUACUCCAAGGGCCCUCCAAGCGCAAGCAACAAACACAACCUCGGUGACUUUUCAAACCAUCGUCAGGAAGACAACAGAAGUACUGUCGCUGCAGAACUUCCAAUCUCGAGUGACGGAUCGUAUCCGGACCACACCCCGAACGCAUCCGAUCAGGAUGGUAAUACCUCAUACUUGAGAGGUCAUACACACCCUUUCAAGGUGACCAAGGGGGAUAAUGGAAUGGAAGAUGUCGUUAUCGAACGACCCACUUUGCCGAGCGCAGGACUGCGACUCCAGUGA